AAGUUUGGUGAUGGCUCACUCUUUGGCAUGGUUACCAACUCUAUAAGUAGCAAACUACUAGCAGAUAACAACUUGAUUUUUAAUUUUUUUUGAAAUUUUGCAAGACGAGAGAUCACAAAAGAUGGGAUAAUUGAAAGGAAAGAGGAACUUAUAAGAAAACUCAGUGGCCUACUGUUAAGUCAUUUCUCCUCAAACUGCCCAAACAGACAAGAGGUGCUUUAUAAAUAAGGGGGAGGGGGGCAGAGGUUAAAAGUAACGAUUAUUUUCUCUCAUUUCUAGUCUUUCAUAGUAAUAUAAAAAUCUCACUGUUUCAGAACAUUGAAUCCUACUUUUCCAACCCUUACAAUUUGGAAAAUGGAAGUGACUCCAUCAAGGAGCAUCAAUGACAGGAGAAUUAGGAAAAUUUGUGUUUUCUGUGGUAGCAGAGUAGGAUACAGACCCUUAUUUGAUGAAGCAGCUCUUGAACUUGGUAAACUACUGGUGGAAAGAAAAAUUGAUUUGGUUUAUGGAGGAGGAAGUUUAGGCCUUAUGGGAACCAUAUCUAAGACGGUAUUUCAAGGUGGAUGCCGUGUUCUCGGUGUAAUCCCUAGACCGCUCCUACCAGUUGAGAUAGUAGGAGAAACACACGGAGAAGUAAAGAUAGUUGCAGACAUGCAUCAGAGGAAGUCAGAAAUGGAAAAGCAUGCUGAUGCUUUCAUUGCUCUUCCUGGUGGUUAUGGAACCAUGGAAGAACUUUUAGAGAUGAUAACUUGGUCCAAGUUAGGAAUUCAUGCAAAACCUGUUGGGCUGUUAAAUGUAGGUGGGUACUUCAACAGCUUGCUUACGUUAUUUGAUAAAGGGGUUGAGGAAGGUUUCAUAGCAAAGACAGAAAGAGACAUAGUGAUUUUAGCAGAAUCAGCAAAAGAGCUGCUGAAGAAGAUGGAGGAAUAUGCACCAACACAUGAUACAGUUGCAUCCAGACAAAGCUGGGAAAUUGAGCAAUAAUUGUACAAUGAAAGAAUCCGCUCCUAUUUAUUUUUAAUAUACUCUCAUAUGUGAACUAUAGAAGCAGGCAACAAAGAUCUAAAAGGUCUGUCAUAAAGUAGAAGAAUAUGUGACAGCUGGUAUCAUCCAUUUGCUUGCUUAAUUACUAGAUCUUUUAGGGCCUCUCAAUGACAGCAAAUGUAAAGAGAGGCCUUCCUUCGCCUCUAUAUAUACAUCUUUAUUGUGUGUACACAUGUCAGUGCAAAGAGAUGGCAACAACACAGAAGGGCUAGAAGGAAUCAGGUGGACUGUUAUUUUGCUCUUUUAAUUCAAGUGUAAUAGGGUAAGGAGAAAGUGAUCUUAUGAUUCUUAUCCCAUACUCUAGUGGUUUUAAUCUUUCUUAGUACAUAUCUAGUAGUUUUAAUCUAGUCAAUUUCUAGGUCAAGUACUCCAUGCAUAGUUGUCAUGCACAAAAUUGUCAAUGCUACAAUCAAUUAGCCACACUUGUUUGCUGGCAAAUGAUAUGAUUUGUGGGCACAUUAACCCUCUGAACUGGACAAUUCCAAAAACAUAAAAACAUAAAUCACU